UUUUAAUAGCUUCAUUCCUUCGUGCUUCCCUCCUACACAUUCCAUGAAAAAUUUCUUCAACCACCAGAUUCCUCCGAAUCGAGCAGCUGACCCUUCAUUUUUCACUAUCCGCUCUUAUCGCGACCCUAUGCGCCCGAACGGCAAGGGAUUUUCUCAAUAAAACCGCUUUAUCAUAGGAGGGUUCCUUAUCUCUGCCCGUCAUUGAUUGAGUCGAGCAGUCCGCAAGAGUUUCCCUCCAAACUCUAGCAACAACUCUUGCACCUCACUGCCCCCAAUACCUCAAAUCAAGAUGGCGGCUCUCUGGACAGCUACCAAUGCCGACUCUGUCCCUCUCACUUCUCGCGAAGCAGCCUCUGGCUUGCUGGGUUCGAUAUCACUCACCUGCUGGAUCUUUCUCCUCGUCCCCCAACUAAUCGAAAACUACCGCAACGGCAACGCCGAAGCUAUUUCCCUCCUCUUCCUCUUCGUCUGGUUCCUCGGCGACAUCACCAACCUAAUCGGAGGCGCCUGGGCAGGUCUCGUGCCCGUAAUUGUCGCCAUCGCCGUGUACUUCUGCAUCGCGGACGGGGUCCUCAUCGGACAAUGUCUCUACUACAAGGCGCGGAACUCUCGGCAGCCGCGCCCCCGCCGCCGCACUUCCUCUUCCGUGUUCGAGCCAAGCACGCCCGAUCCUACGACGCCGCUGCUGGGCCGGCGGUUCAGUGAUGCGUAUGCGCAGACAGGCGAAACUCUGGACAACCCUAGGAACUCGACGCGCCGCGCGGAAAGCAGCAGUGAUGAUAUGCUGGCUAAGAUUGUUGAGGAGAAUGAUGUGGGGCGCAAGGCGUGGGUGAAGAAUUUUAGCAGUGUGCUGGGCAUCUGCGUUAUUGGAAUGGCAGGGUGGACGGUUGCGUGGCGGACGGGCGUGUGGAAGCCCGCGCCAGUAGAGGAGGGGCUGGGAGGCGUGGAUAUGGCGCCUGGGGCAAUGGUGUUGGGGUAUAUCAGUGCGGUUUGUUAUCUUGGGGCGCGACUUCCACAGAUCUACAAGAACUACUGCGAUAAGUCGUGCGAGGGACUCUCGCUACUGUUCUUCAUCCUCUCUCUUAUGGGAAACCUCACCUACGGCGCAGGCAUCAUCUGCCACUCCACAGAAAGGAACUAUAUUGUGACCAAUGUCCCAUGGCUGAUUGGCUCCCUCGGCACCAUGGUCGAGGACGUGACCAUCUUCGUGCAGUUCCGACUCUACGCGACACGCGACCAGGACACGGCUGCUGUUUAGCGCGUCUGUUGCACAUUAAUUUUGUAUUGUGUGUUUGUGUGCUGUUUGUAAGGUUGUCUUGGUUCUAUGCUGCUGAUGGUUUAGCGUGUCUAGCUAGUACUUUAUUGUCUGGGGUUGUAUUAUUGGUUGGUUGUACUGUAUGGGCUGGCGGUGUCUAAAAGUUCUUUAUCUCGAUCUUGAUCUUGCAUUGCGGAGUGGGGAUUACUGUUGUUGUUAUCGAUACUUAUGGAUAUUGAUUUGCUGAUGUUGAUGUACAUCGAUUGGCGGGAUAUUUGUUGUAUGGGGAAGUUUGGUGCACAGGGCAGGCGGAG